AUGGGCGCGCCCUUCCCCUCCAUCCAAUCCUUUUACUCGGGGGAAGUGCCGGCAACCCCUCCUCGUGCCAGCCCGGGCUCUCAUGGUUCUCGUCGGGCAGGGGACGGGUUCACCUCAGCCGAGAUCGAGGAGGCGCUUAACCCUCUCUCGGGCUCCUGGAAGCCGUCGAGAUACUACGAGACCUGUCCCUUGGCCCUUCUCCAGACCGGACCCCACAACUACCAGCUCUCGGGAAGAGUCGUGAACUUUUCGACCGACGUUCGCCAUCGAGGGUUUCACUCCCUUGUCGUAGCGGAUGGGUCUGGUGCCAUCGUAGUGAAGCUCUAUUACACCAACCCGUCGGAAUACCGUCUACUCCUCGGCCAGAGAACCACAGUUUGGGCAACUUAUAUCGUCGAUUCUACCGCGGCCGGAACAGGCUCGAUACCCUUUUGCGCGACGGCUACGAGUAUCUAUCCCGGCUGGCACGGCACAACGCACAUUAUUCUACAUGACGACGGUCCAGGCACCGACGGGGAUCGUAUACUACGAUAUCCCCUAGAGUAUGACGUUGGGGAAUACGAUUAUCUUCCCGACCUUAUGACUUUGAAAACCUUCCUUGCUAGCGGGCAUGAUAUGGGAGUCGCCAAGAUUCUAGUCUGCGUGCGAAGCAUUGGACCACGCAGAACUGUACAAUCCAAAAAACGGCAGGCGACGUUUGAAAUGGUGGAAGUGGGCAUCUUCGACGAAACGGCCACCUGCGUACUGAAACUGUGGGAGGAUAAAGUUACCUCCUCCAAGUCGUGGGUUCCGAACCAGACUAUUCUUCUCCUCUCCAAACCCACCUGUCGAGUAACCGCUGACUACGGCAGCCGAGGUGGUUCAUCAUACGAAAUUGGCAUCGGAUACAACUCAAUAGUCGACGUCGAUCCUCAAUUCCCUGACGCUGACUGGCUUAGGGGGAAGGUAGAAGCCUUGACCAAGAGAGAGAGCGUUUAUACUCCAUUUCCCCCUGAUGUCUGGGACAUCGAACUCGCGAUUCACGGUCCAAGUCGAAUAUUAUUUACAAUCGCCGACGUCGAGGACCAAGUUCGCCAUGCCGAACCUGUAACCGACUUCACCGGGAAGUUGAACGUCAUUAUCCUCGAGGUGAAUCUAAUGGAACACUGGCGCAGGGGCACUACGUGCUGCCUUGAAUGUUGCGGCGUCCCGAUCUAUGCCAACAAGCCUGUUUCCACCUGCAGGAACUGUGGGUCGCAGCGAAAUCUUGCCCUCAAUCCUCGUAUUCUCGGGUCAGUGAUUGAUGAGAGCGGCAUGAUUGCUGCUGGCAAGCUUGUGUGGCACGAUGACGCUUGGACGCAGCUCUUCUUCGGAAACACAACUAGUGAAGCCUCCGUAGAGGAUGGCUUCGAUGCGGAUCUUAUCGAACAGUCUUGGGAGGAUUUAACUGCCCUUGACACCAACUCGUUAAGGGACGUUGAAGAACAACUCCUCUACUCCCGCGUCAUGCUUACCUUCGGUUGGUCUUCUGAGCUGGAAAGGCUUUGCGUUUUGGGGGUUGAAUGGUAA